AUGAAUCAUAAAAAGCAUCAAUCAAUUUCAAAAAGUGUAUUCAUAUCCAUCUUCUACCGUUUUUGCUUCUUUCCAGUCACAACAUUGAGCUGCUAAAGGAAAGCUUCAUCUACUUCCCGUCAACACAGCUUCGACGACGUCAUCGGAUCAGUCUAGCAAUAUGUCUCUCUCAAACAAGCUUGCUAUCACCGACGUCGACGUCAAGGACAAGCGUGUCCUCAUCCGUGUGGAUUUCAACGUACCCCUCGAUGCCGACAAGAAAGUCACCAAUAACCAACGAAUUGUCGGUGCCUUGCCCACCAUAAAAUAUGCCAUUGACAACGGCGCAAAGGCGGUCAUCUUGAUGUCCCACCUUGGUCGCCCUGAUGGCAAGGCCAACCCUAAGUACAGCCUGCAGCCCGUUGUCCCCGAGCUUGAGAAGCUUCUCGGUCGCAGUGUCAUCUUCACAAAGGACUGUGUCGGCCCCGAAGUUGAGGAGACGGUCAACAAGGCUUCUAGUGGUCAGGUCAUUCUUUUGGAGAACUUGCGAUUCCACGCCGAGGAAGAAGGCAGCUACAAGGAUGAACAGGGAAACAAGGUCAAGGCCGAUAAGGCCAAGGUUGCGGAAUUCCGAAAAGGAUUGACUGCCCUUGGAGAUGUUUACAUCAAUGAUGCUUUCGGAACUGCCCACCGUGCCCACAGCUCUAUGGUCGGAGUUGAGCUCCCUCAAAAGGCUGCCGGCUUCCUCGUCAAGAAGGAACUCGACUACUUUGCUCAAGCUUUGGAGAACCCCAAGCGUCCUUUCCUUGCUAUCUUGGGAGGUUCCAAGGUCUCUGACAAGAUCCAACUCAUUGACAACCUUCUCCCUAAGGUCGACAGCUUGAUCAUCACCGGUGGCAUGGCCUUCACCUUCAAGAAGACUCUUGAGAAUGUCAAGAUCGGUAACUCUUUGUUCGAUGAACCCGGCAGCAAGACUGUCGGCGAUAUCAUAGAGAAGGCAAAGAAGAAUAACGUCAAUGUUAUCCUCCCUGUUGACUACGUUACUGCCAGCAAAUUCGGUGCCGAUGCUGAGGUCGGUAGCGCCACCGACGCCGAAGGUAUCCCAGACGGCUGGCUUGGUCUUGAUGUCGGUCCCAAGAGUGUGGAAUCCUACAAGAAGGCUAUCAGUGAAGCCAAGACUAUCCUUUGGAAUGGUCCCCCAGGUGUCUUUGAGUUGGAACCCUUCGCCAGCGGAACCAAGGCCACUCUCGAUGCUGCCGUUCAGGCUGCUCAGUCUGGCAGUAUCGUCAUUAUUGGCGGCGGUGACACUGCUACCGUCGCUGCCAAGUACAAGGUUGAAGACAAAUUGAGCCACGUCUCUACCGGCGGUGGUGCCUCUUUGGAAUUGUUGGAGGGUAAGGAUUUGCCAGGUGUUGCAGCUCUGUCAAGUAAGUAAAAAAAUCUUCAAUAAGGACCUAGAUAGAAAGCCCGGGAUGAUCGGCGAAUACUUUUGCUGUUAAAUAUAUAAUACGACUCUUUUAAUCUCACUACCUCUGUUUCUACACCUAUCUUCAUCCAAGGAAACAGUAUUCAAGCUAUCUUUAGAGAUCAAGUUCUGAUAUCUCGUACUCGAAACUGCAGAGAAAAAUGCACCAAAUCUUUGAUACACUGAACUUUUUUCGUAUAUGACCUCAGGCGGAUUUUGGUGUUCGUCAUGAUAUUUGAUGAUAGUCAUUAGUAGUAGUUGGUUGUACCUGACAUUUCACAUAUUCCAUAAGGAAGUACAUCGAUCGAUCUUUUGUUUGGGUCUCGAUUCGCUCGUCUCAGAAUGAUGUAGAGCUUUGCUGUCUAUAUAAAUCCUCUCCUCCCAAAUUAUCAGUCGUUCGCACCGUCUCGUCUAUUUAGCGCCCUCCACCUUUUUCAUCUCCUCCCU